CUGUACCGCCUGGCCGCCAACAACGUGGAGCCCAGGGUGCACGCGCGCCUCUACGGCGGCGGAGUGCGGCGCCUGCUCACCACGGCGCCCGCACCGCAACAGCCGAAGUUGGUUGAGCGCACUGAGGGCACGUCAGUGUGGUCGUCGCUGCGAGAGAAGCGUGCCCUAUUGCACAUGAGGCUGCUGGGGCUGGGACCCACCGCCGCGCACGCUACCAUCCAGGAGGGCCGCCCCACCUACCGCGAGCAGUUUGUGCCGCCGCACUGCAGCAUACUCACCUACCUGCUCACCAAGCCGCCUCCGGAGCAAGCACCGGAAGACAACGACUACGAUUCAGCGGAGUCCGGUGUGGACGAAGAGAAUGAAAGCGAGAGUGACGCGGAUGACGACAUAUUCGAUACGUCCAAUACCAAAAGCACAAAGCGUCGCAGCGGCGCCAAUACGGAGCACUCGGACCCAGAGUCGUUCUCGUGGCACCUGAUGCGUGUGGCCGUGCUCCGGCUGGCGCGACACAAGAUACAACAUUUCCUGCAGCUGUCCGGGAUCGAGAUGUCCGAAUUAGCAACGACAAGCCCGACGGUGCACGCGGCUCUACGCAGAGUUGAGCAGUGGCAACAACAACUCACUGAGUCGUUGGAGGCGAGGCAGGCCCCUCCCGACUAUAUCCCCGGAUGCUUUCCCGACCAGAUUACCAAUGGACCCCCUAUUAAUAAGUACAGAUGUUUGUUAGAAAAGCACAACACACCAUUCAACACAAACCUGUAUAGUUCAGCGCCGGCCAGACGACUGUGGAGCUAUCUCGUGAGACAAGAACAAGUUCAGGACAUUUUCAUCCGCGCCGUGUUCUCUCGUCGCCGAACGAUGUCUAUGAGCACGGGUGCAGGAGAGGGCGCGGGAGGCGUGUCUGACUCGCGAGCGGGCGGGACUCCUCGCACACAUGACGAUAUGCACAGCCCUGUGAGGAUCAUACACAAGGAGCAGGACUCCAUCGCGGCUUUCUGUCUCAAUCGGGUGGGCGGAGGCCUGCUCGCGGUGGCCACUGCUCGUGAGGUUCAGGAGAUGGACGUGUCGCUGCUGCUGAGUGACGGCGCGCGCUGGGCCGAGGACGAGUGCGAGGUGGACCUGCUGGCACUGGCCGCAGACCCCGCCGCGCUGCCUGACACCGGCUUCCUGCUGGUGCACCACAAGGACAAUGGUUCAAACGCGGGCACCGGUAACAGUUCACCGCUCAACCCGAACGCACCGCAGAUGCCGGUCGGUAUGGCGAGCCAGACGGGCCGCGGCACCAGCGUGGUGAAGGGACUGCAGUUUCCUGGUUGUCAUGACGCCCAGUACUGUCGCCUGGUGCUCCAUCGCUCCAAGCUUCUCAUGAGACCGGUGUUGAAACACAAGAUUGAUAAUAUCAAGCGCAUGGCUGCUCAUCCGUCCCAACCAUUAUACCUGACGGGCGGCGCCGACGGGUCCGUGCAGCUCUGGGAGUGGGCACACCCGUCGUGCGUGUGGUCUCCGCGCGCGCCCGGCGCCUUCGCCAAGGUGACGCGGGUGCGCUUCUCCGACUACGGCAACAAGUUCGCGGCCGCCGACGCCGACGGCAACCUCGCCAUGUGGCAGCUGCACCCGUCAGCGCACACCGCCCUCGGACAGCCGCAGGCCUCGCCCAGGCCCUUCUUUACUCAUCAAUGCCACAGUAAAGGAAUUAGCGACUUCGUUUUUCUCGGAUCCUGUAGUUUAGUUGCCACAGCUGGACACAGUUCCGAGAGUAAAAACGUUGCAAUAUGGGAUACGUUGAUGCCGAUCAAGAAAGCAUUAGUUGUUUCGUGGACGUGCCACGAGGGCGGAGCGUCGUGCGUGUCGUGGGCGGGCGGCGGCGGCGUGUUGCUGUCGGGCGGCCGGCGGGGCGACGUGCUGGUGUGGGACCUGCGGACACGCGCGCCGCGCCACAAGCUGCACGCGCACCACGCGCCCGUCAAGUGUCUGGCGCUCUCGCCGCACGAGGACGUGUACGCGAUCGGCGCCGCCGACGGCGACAUCAAGGUAUUCAGUCUCUCCUCGCACCAGCUGCUGCACACGUUCGCGGGCGAACAUGCUCGCAGUUCAUUCUUCAAGCACAUAGGUCAGGGGGUCACGCAGAUACACAUAGACAACGCGGGCCGGAUGUUCUCGUGCGGCGCAGACGGCACUAUGAAGGUCCGCAAGCUGCCAGACCGCGAGGCGCGCACUCGCGCCGCUGACACGCAUCACGUCAACUACGCCACAUAAAUAAGAAUUGAAGUCGUUGAGAGACAAAUCAUCGCAGGAUCCUUGUGGUGGUGAUUUUGUUGUUUGUGUUAAGAGUAUCGAUAUAACGACCCACACUAGUCACCGAGUAGCAGACCUCCUGUCCAUGCUUCUUCGUUACUAUCGAUAUUUAGUUCAAUUAUAUCCGCAACCUAAGAUAUUUAAGAGUUAUGUAUUGGUGUUAGGGCUGGCUUACACUAAUCGAACUACAAGGUUAUCUUACAAGAAGCAAGUCAUAGAUAAUAUUAUUAAAUAAAGGAUUAAUGUAAAUCAGCUCUAUGGUUUCGGGCUGUGUCUACGGCUGGCGGCCUAAUCGAUAGGUCUAUGUUGAAUCUUGUUUUUAUCGAUAUCUGAUGUGCUGUGCCGCGCUAUUAUCGAUGUUAUGUGAUACCCGUAGAGUUGGAUGUUGGGUGCAAUAAACUUAUGAGAUUACACGUUUUAUGUAAUAGGUAUUAUAUUAUUAGCUUUGAAUAAUAAACCUUACGUAUGUACGACUCAUAAUAAAUUAUAUUGAUAUAAAUUAUUGUUGAUAGGAAAUAGAUAAUUUUAAUAUUAUAAUUGUCGUGGCUUAGUACGUGUACUGUUGUAUGUUAAUAAUUUAUAAUAUUGUUCCCUAAAUGUCGCCAUUUUGAUGGCUUUUCAGUCUUCACUCGACUAAACUGUUAUUGGUAUUUUCUUAUAUGUAACCUAUUGUAUCCCUAUAACCGUAACUGUAAGUGUUUUUCCUGAUGUUAUCGGUUGAUUGUAGCGAGACGUCCAGUUUGUUUAGCGAAAGCAAUAAAUUCCGCGAUAAUCUGAAAGUUAGCAAUAAUAUUUCUUACACACUGCGUACGUAAAACAGUAUUAUAUAUAAGACACUUAAACGGAGGCUGGGAAAUACUUAUUUGUUUUCCUUUUGUGAACGAGACAAGAAUCAGAACGUUAUAUCUAAUGUAUAUUUUGUUGCGAAGAGUUUCACUUUAUUCCAAAAUCAUUAAAUUAUUUUCUAUGUGAUUUUAUUUUUGAAACAGAUUCCCUCGUUUAAUGGAAAUAAUUUAUAUUUAUUAGGUAUUUUAUUUAAGUGAUUAUUGCUUUAUUACAUAACGUAUCAAAUUAAUCACAAUUUAAUUGUAUACUGUAUUUUUUGUGUAGGUAUUAUAUGUUUUAAGAUGUUAAUGUAGAGAUAUUAGCCAAGUUCUUAGUUCCGUUAACUUGUUAGUUCAACGCCGCGCUGUCAAAAGACAAUGACGUUCUCUUUGUUUUGGUUAUCUAUUUGUAAUCGAUAGGAUAAUAUUAUUUAAUCACCAAAGUGUAGGAUGCGUCCGUCUACUAUUCACAACUUAUAAGUUACCAUUCUUUAUAAUCUGAGCACAACACGCUAAAAUUAAUAAUUAUUAUAAAUGACAUAUUCGACUUAUUAAAAAUAAUACAAUGAUACGACUUUUUUGAAAGACAAUCUUUAUCAAAAUGUUGUAAAACUGAAUGUCAAGUCACUUUAUUGAUGUGUAUACUUUUUCUACAAUCAUAAUAAUUAUUUUCAUUAAAGAAUAAUAAAAAAUAUAUAAACAUAAUGGUAAAUAGUGUAUUUGUUAGUUUAGACGCAAGUCAAUUUGGAAAAGUUAAAUUGAAUUAUGAAUAUAUCGUGAAGCCACAUUGCAUCUGUGUUACUAUUAAUUAAAUUGUGGACAAUGUAUUUAAUGCUUAUUUUUUGUUUUAUUUAUGA